AUGGCACCCAUCCGAAGAUCGAUUUCCGAGAGAACAAUUAAAAGAAUGGAGGACAUAAUACGUGCCUACAAAAACCUCGCAACCCGUCAAAAAUGGUUUAACGAAGAUGGGACAAUCUUCCCGGUUUCUGCUAGGAAUCUAGAAAAGUAUAUCGAAUAUAAAGGGAGAACAAAUACAGCGAGAAGUGUAAGGUGGUGGAUGUACUUUCUCGAGAAAUACCAUAACAAUAGCGAAAUUGCCGAAUACCGAGUACAUUGGAAUACGGCGAAGCAUGAUCCUAGAAUCGAGCAAGCGUUGAAAAGGCUUAAGGUUAAAAAUCAAAUCGAGAGAAACAAAGCACCAUUAUUUGAUGUAGAGCCGUUAAAUAUUUACGCGAAUAGCACUAAAAAUCCGACGAAUAUCCCAGAGAUUGAAAACAAUAUUCCAGAAGAAAAACCACGAAUUGAAGAUUUCCGAGCACACUACGAAAGGACGCACUCGUCGCUCCUACAAAAAUACGUCGGAACUUGUCCUAUACAUCGCGAAGGAUGCUUUCAGAUCGACAAAAAUCAUCAUUUGAAAUUAAACGAAGUAAUGCUUCGUAGAUGGGCUUUUUGCCUAGCUUGUGGCGAUGAAGGAAUUACACAAGAUUCGCUGCCGGAUACGCCUCUCAUGCCAGAAUUCUGGCCAUGUUGCGCAAUAGAGAUUUAA